AUCCAGGACAGCAGCGGGAAACGGCUCUGGGAUAAGGGAGUUUCCUGCCAAAUAAGGGACGGUUGACAGCUGUGCUGCCUGGCAAAGCAACUGGCAGCUGGGCUGUGUACGCAAGCAGAGAGAAAUGGACAGUAGAGGAAAUGGCCAGAGAUGCAGAGGGUUGUGGGAUUUGAUCAGAAAUUACUGUCAAUGAAUUAAACCCAAUCAACACCAUGCUUUCACAGCUGACACAAUGGCUUGAUGCAUAUUUUAUAAUUCCUCAUAGUAAUCCCAUCUGAUCCCCACACUCUGGAUAUUUGUACUCCUCCACUACUUAGGUUCUUAUGCACUCCAGUGGAUUUAUCCUGAGUAGUACUAGCACUGAAUACCCCCAAUUUGUGUUGCAUCUUAAGGUUUGAAAUAACAGGAAGCGUACUAGGAAAGGGGAGUGGGCAGGGGCUUCACUUCUGGGCUGCUCAAAGAGAAUAAUUUUCCAUCCCAAGAGGAAGGAAAGGAUAAACAGCGCAGUCAUCUCCCAUGCACGGUUUCUGUUCCAUAGGCAAUACAUCUAUGCAAUACAUAUAUCUAAUGCUGAUUUAAAAUGCUAAAUGGUUUGGUUUAAACAGGGAGGAAUUCUGGAAAAACUGGGCAUCUUCCAUAGAUAUUCCAUACUCAGGAUCCUAAACCUAUUAAUUCCAGAAGUGAAGGACCCAAAAAUGAUCACAAGGGAUCUGGUUUUUGAUGGGGUGCUUGUGAGGCUGUACUGGCCCAAGACAUCACCUGCUGGGAACAGGAAAGGAAUCAUCUUUCUUCAUGGAGGGGUUGCACUAUUUGGAAGCAUCCGAACUUCUGCAAGGAUCUGCCAUUCGCUUGCCCACGGAACCGACUCAGUGGUUAUGUGUGUUGAAUUUCGCUUAGCUCCUAAGCAUCCCUAUCCAGUCCCUGUACUGGACUGUUUAACUGCUGUAAUACAUUUUAUGAAAAAUGCAAAGGAAUACGGAGUGGACCCCAACUGCAUUGCCAUUGUUGGGGAGAGUAGUGGAGGCACAUAUGCUGCAGCCAUUUGCCAAGAACUGGUGACCAGAGAGGACCUCCCAAGAGUGCGAGCUCAGGUCCUCAUUUACCCAUUCCUCCAAGGAUUGGACUUCAAUUUGCCAUCCUAUCAGCAAUAUCAUUCAGUUCCUCCCUUGUUCCGGAAAAGAGCUGUCAGUCUUGGUUUGACAUAUCUCACUGGGAAGACAAUGAAUGUAGAUGGAGUUCUGAAAGGCACCCAUGUCCCUCCUGAUUUGAGAGAGAAAUACCAAAAAUGGAUCAAUGCUGAUAACAUUCCAGAAGAAUUUAAAGCUAGGGGCUAUGUUCCUCUAGAACCUGCUCCAUUUUCAGAAGAACUUUAUGAACAAGUUAAAAGAGGUUAUGAGACAAUGUUUGCCCCCCUUCUAGCAGAGGAUGACAUAAUCCGCCAGCUCCCGGAGACUUUCCUUCUAACUUGCGAGUAUGAUGUUCUCCGGGAUGAUGGGCUGUUGUACAAGAAGCGGCUAGAGGACCACGGUGUGCCAGUGACAUGGUAUCAUGUUCAAGAUGGGUUUCAUGGAAUAAUGGCCAUGGCUGGUUUGAAGGCAAUUGAAUAUCCGAGCACUCAGAAAUGUUUGCAGAAUGUAAUACAGUUCUUAAAAGGUUUAUAGAAAUGAAUGACAUUCUUUGUCUUCCUAUGGCAGUCUUCCCCUUCUGUGGAGGGAAAUAUCGUUCCUCAUUGUGCCAAUCCUGAAGUAAAAAGAAAAAAUCUGAUCAAAAGUUCUACUCUGUUCAGUUUCAAUACAAUAUUCCCUCAACAUUUUCACUCCUCAUCCUUACUUCCAUGAAGUUUCUGUUCAAAUCCUUUGUCUACUAAAUGU